GGCCGACUCCAGGUUUGCAACUUUGUGGGGCGCUCGCUGCGGCGCUCCGCUUCCUGAAGUAGUAGUUGGCGCAGGCCCCGCCUCCCGGCUGUGUUGUCAAACGGGCCGGGGUCUCCGAUUGGUCCAGCCUCCGGGACAACACCUGCUCGACUCCUUCAUUCAAGUGACACCGGAGCUUCCAGGGAUAUUUGAGGCACCGUCUCAGCCAUCGCCAGGCACUCGCGGCGCUGCUAACGGCCUGGUCACAUGCUUUCCAGAGAGCUACGGGAGGGCGCUGGGUAACCUCUAUCCGCGCCGCUGCGAGGAGGAGGGAAGGGGCCAGCGAGGAGGAAGAGUGGGAGGAGGGGGAAAGCGGCGGAGGAGGAAGAGGAGGAGGAGGGGCGCACAAAGAAUCCAGGUCUCCCGGCGGGAGGGGGAUACCCAGAACCAUGUGUGCGGAACGGCUGGGCCAGUUCGUGACCCUGGCUUUGGUGUUUGCCACCUUGGACCCGGCGCGGGGGACUGACGCCACGAACCCACCGGAAAGUCCCCAAGACAGGGGCUCCCAGCAGAAAGGCCGCCUGUCCCUGCAGAACACAGCGGAGAUCCAGCACUGUUUGGUCAACGCUGGGGAUGUGGGGUGUGGCGUGUUUGAGUGUUUCGAGAACAACUCUUGUGAAAUCCGGGGCUUACAUGGGAUUUGCAUGACAUUUCUGCACAACGCUGGAAAAUUCGAUGCCCAGGGCAAGUCGUUCAUCAAGGAUGCCCUGAGGUGCAAAGCCCACGCCCUGAGGCACAGAUUUGGCUGCAUCAGCAGGAAGUGCCCGGCAAUAAAGGAAAUGGUUUUCCAGCUGCAGAGGGAGUGCUACCUCAAGCACGACCUGUGCUCGGCGGCGCAGGAGAACGUCGGUGUGAUCGUGGAGAUGAUCCAUUUCAAGGACCUCCUGCUGCAUGAGCCCUAUGUGGACCUUGUGAAUCUGCUGUUAACCUGCGGGGAAGAGGUGAAGGAGGCGGUCACCCGCAGCGUCCAGGCUCAGUGUGAACAGAACUGGGGAGGCCUGUGCUCCAUCCUGAGCUUCUGCACGUCCAACAUACAGAGACCGCCCACCACAGCCCCUGAGCGCCAGCCCCUGGGAGACAGGGCCCAACUCUCCAGGCCUCACCACGGCAACAUAGGCCACUAUCUAACAGAAGGCAGCAGAGGCGCCAAGGGUGAGCGAGGGAGCAAAAGCCACCCGAAUGCGCAUGCCCGAGGCGGAGCAGGUGGCCAGAGCGCCCAGGGACCCUCGGGAAGCAGCGAGUGGGAAGAAGAACAGUCUGAGUAUUCCGACAUCCGGAGGUGAAAUGAAAACCCAGCCACGAUAGCUUUCCUCCGGGCCGUCCAUUUUCUUAUCUAUGGACAUUCCAAAACAUUUACAUUAAAAGAGGGGGGAAUGUCACACGCAGGAUGUGUGCGAAUUGUGGACUUCGUGCAGGUGUCUGAACAGGUGAGCUAGAGAUUCCAGGGCAGCAAAGUCUCAGGUGCCCAAUGGAUUGGCAUCUACGGAAGCUUAUUGGAGGGAGUGUUGCCCUGAGCCGGCCUUGUAACUUUGUCCGGUUCAGUCUGUGGAGCUAGUGGGUUGUCUAAGGUGAGCUCUGUUGGGGGGAGGUCAGACAGGAGGGAAGAGGCCACACAUGCGAGCCAGGCCUUCCUCCACAGUUUCCACUGCUAUCUGCAGGGGGCAGGGCAGCUGGGUUCCGGGGGCAAGAGUGAGUGGGAAGUGUAGCCAAAAAGGCAGAGGGAAAACCAGACAGGAUGAAGGGGCUUAGCCGUGCUCAGUGCCAAACUGAAGUUGGGUGCCGUGUGUGGGACUUGUAUUUCAAGA